AUGCCCUCGACUAAAAAGAACCUCGUAGUUGCCCUGGUUCUGCUGCCGUCCAUUGUCAUGUGGUUAUACCAACUCCUUCCAGCACUGCGCAAUGAGUUGAUCCCUGUUACCAACGCCAAUGACGCUGACAAGAUUGUCGCACACACGCCAAAGGGCGAAGAUAGGAUACUUGAGCAGGUUGAUCUCGCCGAGUACCCGUAUAGCUAUGGGAGCAACCUGUCUGUCAACCUCGUCGUUGCCACCACCCGCAAGGAAGACAUUUCUUGGACGGAACAUUUGCGGAUACCAAACCUCAAUAUCAUACGCUACGUGUCUGACGAUCCUCAGGCGCCCUAUCACCCACCCCUCGCCAAGGGCCGCGAAGCUCUCAUGUACCACACCUACCUCUACGAGUUUUACGACGAGCUGCCAGACGUGAGCAUAUUCGUACACUCGCAGGAGCAGAGCUGGCACACGGACCCAGAGCUCUGGUCAUCAAUGCUCUUUACGCUGUCCAACUUGGACCUCGAAGCCGUGGUCGAGCGUGGCUACGCCAGCUUGCGCGUCAGCUGGCACGCUGCCUGUCCGGACUGGAUCAACACCACCCACACCAGCACGCACGGCCAGACAUACAAAAAGAAGCAGGAGGAGCCAUGGAUGGUGCCGGCGUUCCGGGCCAUCUUUGGCGAAGACGUCGAGGUACCUGAGACCGUGGGUGGGCCGUGCUGCUCCCAGUUUGCCGUUACGCGCGAGGCCAUCCGCAGUCGUGACCGCGCCGUCUACGCCCGUGCCAUGCAGUGGUUUGUCGAAACGGACUUGAGCGACUACAUUACCGGACGGGUCUGGGAACACAUGUGGAGCUUUCUAUUCAAGGGCGAAGCGACCGAUUGCCCCGUCGAGUGGAAGACGUUUUGCCGCAUGUACGGCGUCUGCUUCGCGGACCAGACCGACAAGGACGAGUUCCACACCCUCUGGAGGCAGCGCCGAGAUAUGCUCGCCCGCCGCGGCUUUUGGCUGGAGCUCUGGGAUCCUCAGCGCGCUGCCUGUGAAAAGAUGCGUAUUGCCGAGCUCGACGUUGACAUUAACCGUCGGCUCCGUACCGCCAUGGCAAGGGGCAGGGCCGGCAAGACUGCCAGUCGAUCGCAGGCCGGACUGGGUAAUCUCUAUAUCAGUGAUACCGCAUUGAUAUUUUAG